CAGAAGCAUCACACAUUAUGUUGCGUGUGAUGAACCAUAACCAUGUCAGACGAGGAGCACCACUUCGAGUCAAAGGCUGAUGCUGGAGCAUCAAAGACAUUUCCCCAGCAAGCUGGAACCAUCCGCAAAAACGGUUACAUUGUCAUCAAGAACAGGCCAUGCAAGGUUGUGGAGGUUUCAACUUCCAAAACUGGCAAGCAUGGACACGCAAAGUGUCACUUUGUUGCAAUUGACAUCUUCACUGGGAAAAAGCUUGAGGAUAUUGUCCCAUCUUCCCAUAACUGUGAUGUUCCCCAUGUUAAUCGCAUUGACUACCAGCUCAUUGACAUCUCAGAGGAUGGAUUUGUGAGUCUGCUGACUGAGACUGGUGGUACUAAGGAUGACCUUAGGCUUCCAACCGAUGAAAAUCUGCUUUCGCAGAUCAAGGAUGGAUUUGCUGAGGGCAAAGAUCUGGUUGUGUCUGUUAUGUCUUCCAUGGGGGAGGAGCAGAUUUGUGCCCUUAAGGACAUUGGCCCCAAGUAAUAGAGUUGUGUCAGUUGAAUAUCUGGAAAGCAGAAGUUGAAACUGAGAUGAUAAAUAGUAUUUAUUAUUAUUUUUUCACUUUUAUGUGGGUUUGUAUACUAAAUCAGCCAAAGUUUGUACCUUUCUUACAAGAUGUGGUCAAACUUGAAUGGCUUUAUUUGGGAGUCCUUGACCUACUAUAUUUUUAAACGUGUUGGAUCAAUGCUAGAACCAUAUUCUGUUAAAUGGUGUGAAGUUAUAUUGGUCACUGGCCAUUAAAUCUAUUUAUACGCUUAGAAGACCUUAUAACCUUUAUAAUAAAUUUUUCUUCAUUAUGAUGUUUC